AUGGAUGGGAUCUGGACCCUGGUUCUGUGUUUGGGAGUUGUGUGUUUUGCUGUGCCUGGUUCGACUCAGGAUCCAAACAGGACAUUGUUUCUGAUCUCAGGUCCGAACGUGUUGCAUGCUGGGACACCCACUCCGCUGGCUGUCACCGUUUUUGCGCACUUCCCCGGCAGGGUGACUGCUGAACUGGCACAUGGCAACACCAGCGUAGGCCAAACGGAGGACUUCCAAGGAGGGUUGACCAGGGUCCUCACACUCCCUCCUGUUCCCGGCUCCGUAACGCAGAAUUCUCUCUUAAACUUGACGGUGAGAGGCUACAAGGGUGACAGUCUGAUUUUCUCCAACACCACCACCCUCAGCUUCAACCUCAAGAAUGUCUCCUCCGUCAUCCAAACGGACAGAUCACGCUGCCAGCCAGGCGAUACCAUCAGAGUCAGAGUUGUGUCUGUCCAGAUGGAUAACCAUCCAUACAAAGGCAGAGUGGAUAUCUCUGUACGGGAUCCCAGUGGGAAUGUUGUCGACAGGUGGGAGUCCACAGGGAAUCUGGGGAUUGUUUUGCGGGAAUUCAGUUUAUCCCAGUCAGCUCCUCUUGGAGAGUGGGCGAUCGCAACAACAGUGAACGGCGUGAAUCAUGAGAAAACAUUCACUGUGGAGCAUCAUGAGGGUCCUCAGUUUGAAGUGCUGGUCAAGACGCCUUCACGGGUCCUUGUUGGAGGUGACAUCUCCGGAUCACUCAGGAUCUCUAGAUACGACAGGAGGCCUCUGAGCUCACAGGAUCUCAUGUACUCGGCUGUGGUUGAGGUCACACAGAGAAAGUCCGCGAUGAACGCCGAACCCACAACCCUGACAGUCCCGGUGCCCGAGGACGGGAACGUCCACAUUAAGUUUAAAUUGCAGGAUCAAGUGGAGAUGCUUUUUAUGCGGGCCAGAUUCCAAUCCAGUGAGGAGACUCUGAGUGUGUACAACAACUACUCCUCCCCUAGUGGCUCAUAUAUUCAGAUCUCCCCAAUCGAUACCUUACCUGCACAGGUGAGCUCUCGAGGUCAGGUCGUGGCCGCUGGAACAAAGAAUUCCUCCCCUUUUCCUCUGACCCCAACACUGUCCUGGUCCCCUGAGGCCUUUGUCACUGUCUACUGCAUCCUCUCGAAUGGAGAGGUCACCAGUGACACGGCGCACAUACCCAUCAAUCAACACAGCGAUCUAUCGCUAAAGUGGAGCAGUGACGAGGCCCAGCCAGGUGAACAGGUAUCACUCACUGUGACUACCCUUGAGCCCAGGUCCCAGGUGGGAAUUGCGGUAAUGGGGGCUCAUGAUGACGGCACUCCAGAGGAUGACCAGGACUUAAAAGUGAAGCAGGUAUGUGAUAACACUUGGACAAGCGGGACAAUAACAGUGCCAGACGGUGUUACUUCUUUGAGAGCUGUAGCACUGGUAAUGUCAGACAACCUGGGUUUGGGCUUCACUCCGGUGCCAGUGAAGCUGACUGUAUCCAAAGAUUUCUCAUUGUCUCUGAAUGUCCCGUCGUACCUCAUCAGGGGAGAGGAGAUUGUGCUAGAGGUGAACAUCAUCAACCAUUUAGACCAGGACAUAGAGGUGAUCAUGCUGCUUGCACAGAGCAAGGCCUUUGAGUUUGUUUUGGGAGACAGAGGGGAUGUCUCUGUGGUAAAUGCCCAAAAACUCACCUUAGGGAGUCAUGCCUCUACUUCAGCCCUGUUCCCUAUAAGGCCUGUAGCUCUGGGUGUGAUGGAAAUAUCCGUUGACGCCGUAUGUGCUGAGGCCUCAGACAGCAUAGUCCGGAAAGUGCUUGUGAAGCCUGAGGGCGUGGAGCGGUUCUUCUCAGAGACUCUGUUUCUGGAGCUGGCACCAGAGAAGCAGAGCAACACCAGAACCCUCUCCUUCUCCUUCCCACCAGAUAUGGUACCGGGCAGCCAGAGGGCCCAUGUGGCGCUGGUUGGCGACAUCUUGGCCUUGUCCUUCAACUUGGAUUCUCUGGUUCAGAUGCCUCUUGGCUGUGGGGAGCAGAACAUGAUCCACUUUGCUCCAAGUGUUUAUGUUCUCCAGUACCUGGAAAAGUCAAACCUGGAAAAUAAGGAGAUCAGGAGCAGGGCUCUGGGUGUUAUGAAUGAGGGAUAUCGGAGACAACUGUCCUACCAACGAGACGAUGGGUCCUUCAGUGCUUUUGGAGCCAGCGACACCUCUGGGAGCACGUGGCUGACGGCCUUUGUGCUGCGGUGCUUCCUCCAGGCUCAGCCCUACAUGCAGAUAGAUUACAGUGUCCUGACCAGAGCCAUGGCUUGGCUCUUGAAACACCAGGGGCCUCAGGGAGAGUUCAGUGAGGUGGGCAGGUUGAUCCACACUGAGAUGCAGGGAGGACUGGAUAAUGGCCCAGUGGCACUCACUGCCUAUGUGCUGAUUGCACUGCUGGAGGAGGAGACCUAUUCGGAAACGUACCCAGGCAAUGUGUCCCUGGCUCAGACGUACCUGGAGAGUCAAGUGACCGGCGGGGUGGUCAGUAACUACAGCCUGUGUCUGGUGGCAUAUGCUUUAGUUCUGGCCAACAGUCGUAUGGCUGACACUGCCCUGUCUGAGCUCAUCAGGCGAGCUGACAACACAGUUCCUAAGAUCCAGAUCCAUCAAGAGCAGCAGCAACAAUGA